GUUGCCCAGGGACUGGACCCAGACCAGUCGCCCUCGCCAAUUCGUUAACUCGUCGACCCCCGAGUUGCGCGGACCCCGUCUCUAAGUCUUCCACGCCGAGCCUCCCUACCGCUAAUUUAUCCACGUCCCGCCUCCCCUUCACUGUUCACUCCUUGUCUCCCUCAACACCACAACCCCCUCCUCCUCCGCCGCCGCCGCCGCCGCCGCCGUCCUCUGUCCUACGGUGACUUGCGCUCGCGCACACAGCCGCUGCGUACCCGCCAUUGUUGCUGGUGACACCCGUCCGUUGCUGAAGGAUUCCUGAUUGCGGCGAAGCCCCGUCAACUGCGCGCCCGCCUCUAGUGGACACAUUCGCUCUUUUUCUACGACAAUUUCCGCUGCUCAUCCCUCGACAACCCACUUUAUUGAUUCCCUCUUUUUGUCGUCGCAAGGGUAGCCAUCAUGUCGGACGAGAAGGUUCGCUCUUCCGUGGACGCUGGCCGCGAUCCGGCCGCGCCAGUCCUCCCUACCGUCAACCCAAAUGCCGAAAAGUCACAGCCCGAGCCUGCGACGUUCCAUCCCGCCGUCUAUAUUGCGACGUGGAUAACGCUCAGCUCGAGUGUCAUUGUCUUCAACAAAUGGAUAUUAGAUACAGCAGACUUCCACUUCCCCAUCUUCCUGACAACAUGGCACUUGGCUUUCGCGACCUUCAUGACGCAAUUCCUCGCGCGCUUCACAACCAUCCUCGACUCUAGGAAAAAGGUCCCCAUGACUGGACGUGUCUAUCUGCGAGCCAUUGUUCCGAUCGGAAUAUUCUUUAGCUUGAGCUUGAUUUGCGGCAACCAGACAUACCUAUACCUCAGUGUGGCCUUCAUUCAGAUGCUCAAGGCCACGACACCUGUUGCCGUCCUCCUCGCGACAUGGGGUCUUGGAGUUGCGCCUCCCAACAUGAAGACUCUUGGCAAUGUCUCCUUCAUCGUCAUUGGUGUUAUCAUCGCCUCCGUUGGAGAAAUCAAGUUCGUCAUGAUCGGUUUCCUUUUCCAGUGUGGUGGUAUCGUGUUCGAAGCAAUCCGCCUGGUCAUGGUCCAGCGCCUUCUUAGCUCAGCAGAGUUCAAGAUGGACCCUCUCGUCUCCCUGUACUACUAUGCUCCGGCAUGUGCUCUCAUGAACGGCGUCGUCUGCCUCUUCAGCGAAUUCCCCCACAUGACUCUAGAUGAUAUCUAUCGCGUCGGUACCUUCACCCUAACUGCCAAUGCCCUCAUCGCCUUCCUUCUUAACGUGUCGGUUGUCUUCCUGAUCGGCAAGACUUCAUCCCUCGUCCUCACUCUCUCUGGUGUGCUCAAGGACAUACUUCUGGUCUUCGCUUCCAUGUUCCUCUUUGGUGAUCCAGUUACACUUCUCCAGGCUUUCGGUUACAGCAUUGCCCUUGCCGGCCUUGUCUACUAUAAGCUCGGUGCCGACAAGCUGAAAGAAUACUUUGUACAAGGUGGGAUGGUGUGGGGCGAAUUUGGCGCUCGCCGCCCUGCUGCUCGCAAGCUACUCGUCUUCGGUGUUCUCCUUGUUACGAUGUUUCUACUCCUUGCAGGCCUUGCCCCUCGCUUCGCCCCCGAGACGGAGAAGAAGUUCACCUCUACCAUUGGUAAGAUCCUUGGCGAGAAGGGAGCCUGAAUGAUGUGAAUGACCCGAUCGGGCUGAAAGGGUUUUCUUUCCCAAGGCAUACUCUGAGACCCGGUUUACCUUCUUUUCUGUCUUUUUAUAUUACUUUGGUGGGUUUUGAAGUGGAGUUGGGUCCAUGUGUUAGGUAUUGGCAGCAUAGACAAGCGACUUCCUCCCUAAAGCCUAUUUUCUGAGAGGCUAUAGCUGUGACCUGGAUCAAUGUCUAGGCUCAGUCGGGAGCUGAUAUAGCAUGUGUUCGAGGUUCUUUUCUUUUAACGCAGGGAGCAAUGAUUGUAAGCGAUGAAAAGUGCGCAUUGUGUCUCAUAGAAUGAGGUAUGGCAAGGUCUGGACGACCUGCGAUGGGUAUAUAUAAAUCUAGCUACGUAAUGGUAAUAAUGGG